GUUACACCGGUAGCAUCUUCGUGCACCCCCCCCCCUCCCCGGUUCUCUUCUUUCCAUUUUAGGGUGUCUUCGGCAAUGACCACCAUUCUUGAAGCCCAGCCGCCCGCCGACCCAAUGCGGAAGGCGAUGAUGGUGGCGCAGAACAGCACCAUGGCCACGGCGCUGAUGAACGUGGGCGGUGGCUACGUGAUGGGCUUCGGCUUCUCCCUCUUCGGCUCUAUGAUCAGCGCGGAGACGGCCACGCAGAGCAUGGGAGCGGCGGACUUCUUCCGCUACAGCGUGCGCAGUGCCCACCGCAUGGGUGUCAGCUUCUGCUUCUUUGGCUUUCUCUUUGGCGGGAUUGAGGUGGCACUGGAGAAGCGGCGAGGGCGCAAGGACAAGUGGAACCCCACGAUCUCCGGCGCGUUGAUCGGCGGCGCCUACGGCUGGCGGUCCUACAAGUACCCUGGUCUCGCUGCCGGUGUGGUCGGCGGUGCGGCCUUCUCGCUGCUGUUUGAGAAGAUGAUGGACUGGAUGGGCUUUGCUCAGCGCUAA